AUAACUCCCUCCUAUUAGCAGUAACAUUUCCUAAUUUUGAAUUACUUAUACGAUGAUAAUAUGCACAGAAGCAUUACAAUUUGAAUAAUGCUGUAUAAACAUUUUUUAUUUAAAAAUCGUAAAACGAGUCGGACAAAUUUCCAUGGUCACAUGUUUGUCUUAGCCUUUUAUACCUUCUUCUGUUUAAGGGUUAGCGUAGCAUUCCGACAUGGCAACAAUAAUGAUCGCAAUUCCUAUAUAAAUUCUGUUAGCUCACAUGGUGAGCAUAGAUCAUCAUAUAGUGACUGUUCGUUCAUACCUCAAGAACAUGAAAGCGAGUUCUCCCUUAAUGUAGCGCCCAUAUGGACUUCAAAUGAUGCUAACAAAGAUGACAAACAGUCCAUAUGGCGGAUUCCAUCAUCAAUUUGCAACAAUGUUUCAAAUGCUUUUGGAUUCCUAAACAAAAGGCCAUCUACUGCUUUAGGGAUGUUGGCCGAAAAUUACAGUACAUAUCCUGAAAUUGGUGAUAGAAACCGCACAUAUAAGGAUACGGCAAGGCAUAAUACAGCCCUGUUUAUGUUAGGGAGUGGAAAUGGUCACACACUUGACUCAGAGGACUUUACAGAUAAGGCAUGGGAAGCAGUCAGCUCGUUGGCGGAAGUGGCUAAUAAAUACAAGUCGUCAUUUGUUGAAGCAGAUAUGUUGUUACUGAACAUUCUAAAUCUUGGCGAAGAAUCCACAUGUCAUAAAAUCUUGGCUACAGCUGGCGUUGACAUUGACAAGAUGAGAGAAGAGUUAGAAGCUCAUUUAUCGAAGCAGCCUAGGAUGUCUGGCGGCUUUGGUGACCAAAAGGUACUUGGUAGGACGCUACAGAAUGUGUUGACUGUUACCAGAAGGAUUAAAUCCGAAUAUAAUGACCAUUUCAUCAGUGUAGAGCACUUGUUAUUAGCCUUGGCCUGCGAAGAUACUAAGUUCACAAAACCGUGGUUGACUAAACAUAAAGUUGGUUAUGAUAAACUGAAAAGAGCGGUGGAAUCUGUACGCGGCAAACGAAAGGUAACUUCAAAAAAUCCGGAGAUGCUUUUUGGGGUAUUGGAAAAAUAUAGUAAAGAUCUUACUAUGAUGGCAAGAAGUGGCAAGCUUGAUCCAGUUAUUGGUCGAGAUAAUGAAAUAAGAAGGACGGUAGAAAUCCUUAGCAGGCGAACAAAGAACAAUCCUAUCCUACUAGGUGACCCUGGUGUUGGGAAAACAGCAAUUGCUGAAGGGCUGGCUAAUCGUAUAGUAUCAGGUGAUGUACCUGAUUCAUUGAAAAAUACACGGGUAAUAUCGCUUGAUUUAGCUUCCAUGCUAGCUGGAUCCCAAUAUCGUGGUGAAUUUGAAGAGAGACUUAAAAACAUAUUGAAGGAAGUGCAAGACUCUCAAGGAGAAAUCAUAAUGUUUAUAGAUGAAAUACACACUGUUGUAGGUGCUGGUGAUGCCCAGGGUGCCAUGGAUGCUGGUAACAUACUAAAACCUAUGCUCGCACGUGGAGAACUGCGUUGUAUCGGAGCUACUACUUUGCAGGAGUAUCGACAGCGAAUUGAGAAAGAUAAAGCAUUAGAAAGGCGUUUUCAACCUGUUUAUGUAGAUCAGCCCAGUGUGGAAGAGACAAUCAGUAUUUUACGCGGGCUUCGUGAGCGUUAUGAAGUACAUCACGGUGUGCGUAUUUUGGAUUCUGCGCUUGUAGAAGCAGCACAGCUCAGUGACCGUUAUAUCACGGAUCGAUUUCUUCCCGAUAAAGCCAUAGAUUUGGUGGACGAAGCGGCGGCACGUUUAAAGAUUCAAUUGUCAAGUAAACCUAUUCAAUUAGAUGGUCUGGAACGUCGUUUGAUACAACUAGAAAUGGAACGUAUUUCCAUAUCAAGCGACGCAACCGAUGGUCAAUUGACAAAUAAUACGGUAGGCAUUUUGCCUGACCCAUCGCGAAAAUCAUCAUCUCAAGACAAACGUAGAAUGGCACAAAUCGAAAAGAUGGUAGAGAAUUUGAAGGUUGAAAAAGAAUCCCUGACGGCAGCAUGGUUGAAGGAAAAAAAUUUAGUAGAUGCAAUAAGAAAUAUCAAAGAAAGACAGGACGUUGUGAAAGUGGAAAUAGAAAGGGCGGAACGUGAAUUCGAUCUCAACAGGGCUGCCGAGCUUCGAUUUGAGACUCUUCCCGAUUUGGAUGCACAACUAGAGCAAGCCGUAAAUGCUUAUGAAGAACACGCCAAUAAAGUUGUAUCUAGUGGAGGCCAACUGCUUUUGCGUGAUGAAGUUUCACGUGACGAUAUUGCAAGCGUUGUGUCUAGGUGGACUGGAAUACCUGUAAAUAAACUUAUCAGAUCACAACGUGAUAAAAUUUUGCAUAUUGGAGAUGAACUGAGAAAGCGUAUAAUAGGGCAGGAUGAAGCUGUAGAUAUUGUAACUCGUGCGGUACAACGUUCACGAGUUGGGAUGAAUGACCCCAAAAGACCAAUAGCUGGAUUGAUGUUUUUAGGACCAACUGGUGUUGGUAAAACAGAAUUGUGUAAGGCUAUUGCGGAGCAGCUUUUCGAUACAGAUGAAGCCAUUAUCCGAUUUGAUAUGUCAGAAUACAUGGAAAAGCAUUCAGUAUCCAGGUUGGUAGGAGCGCCGCCUGGAUAUAUUGGAUAUGAUCAAGGUGGCCUGUUGACUGAGGCCGUACGUCGUAGGCCCUAUUCAAUAGUGCUAUUUGACGAAAUUGAAAAGGCGCACCCAGACGUCUUCAACAUUAUGUUGCAGCUGCUAGACGACGGUCGUCUUACAGAUUCCAGCGGUCGUAAAGUGAAUUUCACCAAUUGUAUGAUUAUAUUUACAUCUAACCUUGGAAGUCAAUCAAUCCUUGAACUUGCUAAAACUCCAGAUAAAGUGGGAGAGAUGAAGAAUAAGGUUAUGCAGGCGGUUAGGCAGACAUUUGCACCUGAGUUCCUUAACCGCCUUGAUGAAUUUGUUGUGUUUAAUGCAUUAUCUAAAGACGACAUAAAGGAAAUUGUACGCAUUGAAUUGGGCAAAUUAUCAGCUCGCCUAUCAGAAAAGAAUAUUAAGUUGGUGGUGGAUAAUGAAGCUGUAAUGUACAUAGCGGAACUAGGCUACGAACCUGCAUAUGGAGCACGUACCAUUAAGCGUGUCAUACAACGUGAACUAGAAAGUAUGAUUGCCAAAGGAAUUUUGGAAGAUUUGUAUAAGGAAAAUGAAACUUUGUGUUUACGGUAUGACGGGACCUUGAAGUUAGACGUAUCAGCAAAAUAAGGAGGCAUAUGGCUAUCCACUAACCAGUAACGUUGAUGUUGUCAUUAAGUUACUCGGUAAUUAUACCAUACGUAAAAUCA